UGACGGAUAGUGAAAUGCUUGUGAGCACUAAGCCUCGCGGACCAUGUCAAAUUGCCGGUGAAAAGACUUGAUUGACGGUCAAUGGCAUCCGAUGGUCAAGUGAUGUCGCAACUGUGAAGAUGACCUGCCGUUGUCACUGCAUUCAAACCUUCAGAUGAGAAAAUUUAAGAUGAUCACGCUGUUGUGUUUCCUGCAUUCAAUGCCAGUCUCGCUCUGCAGGUCAGUAAGACUAUAGAGCCCUUGUUGGUUUGGUUUAACUGGUUUUGAUUCUAAGCAGCAAUUUUAAAGCUGUUUUUAUUUCCACCUCAGGAUUUGUCGGGUCUUGUUUGCAAAACUUGUUGUAGGCAACUACACAACCACAUCAUCUGGUGCUGAUUGUAGACUCACUAACAGCGUUCGCCAUCACGAGCAUCCAGCUACGUGCUGCAGAAAAACCACUCUUGUAGCUAAGAUAUCGAAACGUGGAUUUGUUCAAAAGGAACUUCUUCCUCUCAAAUUAAAACUUCACCACAGUUUCGAUGUUCCUGUACGUGUCCGCGCGGGUAACUCAUCACUGUCGUCGCAGGGUAAAUUCUACAGUUAGCCUUGUUCCAUUGGUUCGUCUCCGUUUACCUACGCUUCGAUUAGGGCUAUCGUCAGUGAACAUCACUACCACCUCCAACAUAUGGCAAUGGGGAAAGGCAAUGGGGAGACGAAACAAUGUUUUGUGGUAUUCGUGAGACUACAGAACUGCAGGACUGUGUUAAGUAGGCAUGGAGGAUUGAAGCUACCGGAAAGCACUGAGCGUGGAAGUUGAAUGGGAGCUAUCAUCACUAUCUUAUCUUGCUCAGCACUUUCUGGUCUGAUCGAGAAGUGAGCGGCCGGCGUACCUUUCUGACAGUGACUUGCUCAGUUGGCCUGAAAUCGAUGUGCUUUUGGACCUAGCAAAAUACACAACGAUGUUGCGUGUAUUGUGGGGACCUCCACAGAGCUCAACAGAUAUACUAUGGACUACGCACGCCUCGCGUCGCAGACCUUAAAGAAAAUCACGUGCCGGUUCUCUGCUUACUAUUUGAGCUCUCGCCUUCUUUCUAAAGGCAUCUGUCUUUUUCAGAACUUUUUGUUUGAGCCAUUCUGACACUUUCAGUGUGGACAGGGUACAAGCAUUUUGUGGUAUUCCCAGCACUGCUGUAAAAGAGGUGCUUCUCUCUCAGAAAAUUUCUUCUCCAUUGAUGGUAACCGACUUCAGCAAAGUUCGUUGAAUUCUACGCCAUCAACACCGAAAAUUCCUAUUCUUAGAAUAACUCUGAAGUUUCAUUUACGCACUUUCUGGCAGAUUCUGGGAGUAAGCUUGUUCAUGAAAAUCUUCUAUAAGAAGAGACUUAAGAGUCCGAGACAAACAACUAGUAAAUCGUGAGAAGGAAUGACGCGCACAUCCCAGUAAUAAGAGUGUCAUUCAGUAUAGAACUUGCACUGCCCUCAAACUAAGAGUGUCAACCUUGCGACUUCUUCUGAAUUUCUCGAGCCUACCCUGUUGCAAGAUCAGUCGUCUAUUGGGCUCAAGCAACACCGCGACCAGAGAUUUGCAGAAAAUCAGGAAGUUAACACUUGCAAGAGUCUCAUUCUGAUGCCGAGGCUGUCAUUCUCCGCUGUCAUGGACACUGUUGUGAGUAAUGACAGCGAUGUCCAAUCACCCGUCUCAGACGAUGGUACCUGAUUGCGAAAUCAAUCUGAACUGCGUCGUACGUGAUGUACCUGGAGGCGGGCAACGCAGUCAAUUCAUGUACAACCGACUGCAACAAGCAAUGAACCCCGACGAGCGAGAAAAAGAGCAUCGUUUACGGGAUUGGGAGGAAAGUGGGGCACCGUUCAGUUUUUUGGGCAAGCGCUUUGAGAGCUUAGCUCCCAAUCCCUGUGGGAACCUCGCUUGUGAUCGAAAACUAGCGCAAUUUCGGAAAGAAUGAUAAGUUUUUGUCGGACAGUACCGCUGAGCUGGGAUGGUCUGAAGCGACUGAUAGCAGGAUGUCUGGUUGUUUAUUAGAGUUACUUUUGCGUGGUUUCAUGCUGGAUUGUUUGGAGUUUUCUGGAUUUUGCGACUUAGUUGAUAGACUCCGUUCGAUUCGCAAACCUUCAAGGUUUUUGAGCAAAAGAACUCGCGUGCUUUCAAGACAUUGCGGCGGUGGAGGAGGAAGGUGGGUGUCGCUGGAACAGAAUUCUUGAGUUGAUGAAGUCACUGGCUACCGAGGGAUGUUCUUUCGCUGCUCCUUGUAGACUUCAACUUUUCCCCGAUGAAUUUCCAUUGCCAGAAUGGAAAGAAAGGAAUUGAUCCGCGGCCGGAGGAUCAAAUCGCGUCGUCUGAAAUCUCUCACAAGCUGCGUUCCCCUUUUCUGAGUAAUCGUUUCAUGCAAGAAUCAGAAUCAAUGCUGCUUCAAGUGUGAUUUGUGCGAAGCAGAGAGGGUAGUCACUCUUUAAAACACAUUACUCGAUCAAUCAAAUGGGAGCACCAAUGUCGGGGCCCACGUUGGAGGUCAUAGUCUUAGCAGCCGAGGGUCUCAAGAACGUGAACAUUUUGAGAAAAAUGAGCGUGUACGCUGUGGCGUGGGUGGCGCCCGAUUACAAAAGAACCACAUCUGUGCAUAGCAAGGCGGGUCGUAACCCUUUUUGGAACGAUGCCUUGUCCUUCCCAGUGACUGAUGACAUUCUUCUCCACCCCUGUUCCGCCCUCACUAUUCAGGUGUAUAGUGCCGGAACCGUGAGCCCAAGAUUGGUUGGAUCUACCCACCUGGCCUUGAGAGACAUUGCAAGAAUGAAGGCCACGAAAACAAACUCAGAGGAGGGUGACAUUGUCGCUUUACCGCUGCAGAGACCCUCCGGCCGAACGCAGGGGAUUGUCAGCCUCUGCGUAAACCUGACUGGAGCUACGAUUCAGCAGAUGAUGUACGCCUUGGACAAAGAUCAAGAUAGUUGGAUAAUUGAGAUGCCACGCUUCCUCUCGGGCAUUUCAGACGUGGUCGCAGUCAUCGGAUACCCAGCAACUCAAUCUUAUGGAAUUCCUGCACGCAAUUUCUAUCCGUUGUAUUCUGGCUAUGCUGAGCGAAGUGCAGAACAUACACCAAGCACUCCGCCCAUUGCAAGCCCACCUUCACCGGUCUCCUCAUCUGCUUUCUUCUCUAUCAACUUAAGCGAGGAAUCAUAGGCGGCGUGUAACCGGUAAAUAGAGGUAGUGUAUUAGAUCUUAUCGACACUGGCUUUUGAGAAGUCAGAGUCUGGUAGAAUGCGAACACCUUCACUGUGGAUGAAGCGGCAUUUUUGUUCAAUAAGACGCAAAAGCAAGAGAAAGUGUUUAGGUCUUAGCUGUGUAUAAAAUGUAAUUAGAUGUGCAUGGGUAAUUAAAGGUUUUUGUCCAUUUCGCCUCGACAUAGUUUUCACUUCUGCUACUAAA